GUAAAAAAUUAAAAAAGUAAAAAUAAGAAGCCAAGAUUAAGAAUAACUACACACAUUUUGAAAACAUUUUCAUCACAAAAAGUUCAGUAGCAGUCGAUACUUGCGUGCGUAUGUAUGCACCUCUUUUCCCACUAUGCAAAAACAAAAACAGCUAAAAAAAACUUCGUUGCCAUUUCCAAACGGCCACAGAUUUUUAUUUAAAUGUUUUCUUAGAUUUUCGCAAAACCAACUAAAAAAUUAGAAAAUAAUAACCGAUAAAUGCGAAAAAAUUGCCUGCAAUCGAAAAUUUGCAAAGCACAAACAAAAUUGUUAACUAUAAAUUGCACGCAACUGUUUAUUGUGUUCACUAAUAAUUGCUAAAAAAAAGAAAAAAAAUUAAAAAUCAAAAAUUAAAAAAAUUGCAACGGUGCAAAGUAAAGUAGAUAGGAGUUCCGCCACUACUUCAAUGCUGUGCGUUCUAAUAGUCAACUCUUCUGCUCUGCUAAAGGAAAAAUUAAGAAAACAAAUAGCUUUUAAAGAAAACAACACCAAAACAGAUUUUAAAAUUGAAGAAAGUAAUAUUUCAUCGAUAUAUACUUUUUUAUUCUUUUCUUUCGUACGCUUCUAUUCGUUCCUUGACUGACGACGUCUUCUGUUUCCCGCUCUUCUGCACUGCACUGACACUUCUGUGACCUACCGUUAUGCUGAUUGAUUGCAAAAAAAAUUUGAAAUAUUUUGCUCCAAAAAUAUAUUUUGAUUCCACUUUGGGGUGCCACAUUUGUUCAUGUGUUCGUGCGUACGUUUUCUUGCGUCAUUGAAACACUACAGAUUUGGAUAUCGGACAAUACCAUGGAACAAAUGCCGAUGUGGUGCCCACCCACACCGCCGCAAGAUGACAACGAUAUCUACAUCGACUACUCGCUGACAUUUAUGUACGAGAUGACUCCCAUACCAGAUGCGGAACUGCCGCCCGUCUACAUCAAGAAAGACUACAAGCGUUCGCGUGGCGAUGCCGGUUUCCCGCUGGAUGGUAGUCGGCGUCCGUUGAAAAUGCGCCGUGAGGAUAACUAUGUUGCGCCUCGUUCACUCUUCGAUCGUCCAUCGGCGGCGAUAGCACGCAUUCGUCGUGAUCUGAAGAAUCAGCGUUAUCGUGGCGUUUUCAAGCCGAACGUGCAAAUACCCGGAUUGAAACCGCAAACGCCACAAAAGCAGCUGGUGGAGCCAGAAGGCAUGGCUGAGUGGACUAUUUUCGAAGACAUCGUGAUUUUGCACGUCUUGGUCAAUCUACAGGGAUUGCCAUGCAAUUUGAUGGUGCUCUCACCGGGUCAUACACCCAAUUGGGACUUGGUUUCGGAAAUUGUGAAUUUCCAAUCGAAAACCUACCGUUCUCCUAAACAAUGCCGUUGGCGCUAUGAAAUGGUAAUACAGCCACGCGAAGAGGGCAAAUUUGUGGAGAGCCCAAAAAAGCAGAAGAAAAUGAAAGCGAUGCUGAAGUCGGAGUACCUUAAGGGGCCACUGCGUUAUCUACGCACUACGCUCAUGUAUGCGAACGACAACAACACCACCUUCACAAAGCUAAUGCGCUCGCGCUUCGAUUGCAUCAAGGCGGCGUAUCUAAAGAAGGCGCCACCACCGAAGCGUCACUUCAAUACGCCGAGCCUCAUGAAUCCCAAACACAUGGAGGUGCUGCAAGAGUUCGGCAUAGUCAACUACGAUCAACCCAUCUCGCCAUUGAAUAUUGCUGCCAUGAAGGCGAAUAAGAUUCGGGAGAAACAGCGUAGUCAAUGCCCACCGCCACCGCCACCAGUGCCGGCGCAGGUGGUGCCAGUGCAGCAGCAGCAACAGACACAACAGCAGACAGCCGCCACUGUGUCCCAGGUGCAAAUACAGGAAAUGGUUGUGCAGCAGCAACAGCAGCAGAAUGUCUCCACAGGCGCAACAGCGGUACAACAAGCCAGCGCUUUACAUGCGCAACAGCUACAAAUCCAGCAUAUACCCAGCAGUAAUGUGCAGGGUGUUACGCAGCAACAAACUGCAACAGCGAUUGUGCUACAGCACGCUGGUUCUAUGCAGCAGUCAGCCGGCACCACGACCCCCCAAACGCAGCAGCAAAUUUUGCGCGCGGGUAUGGGCAAUACGCAGAUUGUAAAGGCCAUAGUGGCGCCGCAGUCGGGUUUACUCACAGCCGGACAAAUGCAGCAACUGACGCAACAGGCAGCAGCCGCGGGUGCGCAACAUGUACAAUUGCAACAACAAGGUACUGUGGGCACCCCCUCCUCCGUCUCGGUGGUGCUGACCACUCCGGUGCAAACGUUACCAUCCAAUGUGCAAUCGGCGCAGCAACACGCGCAGUCAUCCACCGCGCAAAUCGUUUCAAUUUCACCCCAGACUAUAGUGUCCACCGGGUCGCAGAGCGGUGGCAGCAUCGUGCAGACUAUACCUUCGCAGUCACUGCCGCAAGUCGUGUCCGUAUCGCAGCUUGCCACUGUGGGCACUGUGCUGACCACGUCGGCCAAUUUGCAGCCCAGCGCCACUGUGACGACAUUGAAUACAUCGGCGCUACGUGCACAACGCAUUGUAGCAGCAACCGCUGGCACACUACAGGAUGUCGUACUCCAGCAGCGCAGCGGCAACCCCAGUCCUACUAUUGUUUCCAUGUCCAAUUUGGGACAGAGCGUGGCGGCUGCACAAUUCCAAGCGGCACAGCUUCGAUUGGCAUCAAUGCCAGGCACUUCGCAGCAGGUCACAAAGGUGCCGGUGAGUACCUUGCAACAGAGCGCCAAGAUUGCAGGCAACGUCGGCGGCAAUCAGCCUGCGCACAUACAACUCUAUCGCCAGCGUCAGCAACUGAAGGUGCUGCAAGCCACGCCAGCCCAGGGCGGCAGCCAAACACUCGUACAAACGGCCAGUGGGCAAACAGCGCUGGUGAACGCCGCUGGCACCAUUAUACAAGGCAGUCUAGUGCAGACCGCUGGUGGACAAGCCACAAUGCAGGUGCAAGGUCAAAAAGUAGCUGUCGCCACUGUAUCGUCAGCCAAUAUGACAGCGGCGGCGUCAAGUGGCGGCGUUGCAACCUCCGUGGCCACAGUGCAGGUGGCGCAUCAGGGCCGCACGCAAUUCAUUAAGCAAGUUGGCGGCAAACAAACUAUAGCGCGUCAAGUGGGCGACGACAUGGUGCUAGUUAAGCGACAGGUGAUUGGCGCUCACCAGAAAGCGCAGGUGCUACAGCAAGGCCAGAUAUUCAAUACGACGGCCACUUCGGCGCAAGGCACUGUACAGCUGCAGCAGCAGCAGGCACAAAGCGCUGUCGGAGGCGGUCAGCAACAAUUACAGUCACAACAGCAGCAAGUGCAACAGGUGACUGCGCAACAAAUAGCCACACUUGUGAAGACGUCCUCCGGCGCCGGUGUUGUGCAGCAGACCAGCGGUGGGGGUGGCGGCAGUGUAACUGUCUCAACUGGUGGUGGCCAACAAAGCACUGUGAAUAUGGCGCUUACGCACAUCAAGCCCGGCGGUCAGAUAAAGGUGACCACCUCCAUGGCAAAUCAGGCGCAGAUGCGACAGUUGCACAUGCAGCCGUUGAAUAUGCCGCGCAAAAUCAAUCGUAUGACGCAGAUAGCGACGGCCGCGCAGACUGGCCAGCCGGUGACCACUUCGGUGGGACAGUCACCUUCCGGCGCGACGGUAGUGCAACAGCCUAAAGGUGCCGGCAGCAUGCAGACGCAAUUGGUUCACAUACAGAACACGAAAUCGCUGCCCAGUUCAGUGACUGUGCAGCAAAUACAACAGGUGAUGCGACAGGGGCAGCAGGGAUCGUUGGCAGCCACAGGGCUGGUCCUGAGCAAGACUAGUGUUGGACGCGUUAUACCCGUUUCGGUGGCAUCGCAGUCUAAUCAGCGGCAAACCAUACAGGUUGUCUCCGCCGCCUCUGCACAAGCACUCGCUGCUGGUAAUCUGCGCGCACACGUCACUGGCGGCCAGAACAUUGCCGGCACUAUUAAAGUGGGCACCAACAGCGGCAAUCAAUCGCAGACCCAACAAGCAAUUCAUCUCAUACAACAACAAGUGGCAGCACAGCAGGGCCAAAGGCAAAAUGCCAGUCCAGUGCGGCUACAAACAGCCGGCGGUAAUUUGGUAGCGGUUGUGCAGCAACAAAACAUACAGCAACAACAGCAAAAUGUAGCCUCAUCCAGCAUUGUCAGUUCUUCAGGAGCAUCGCAGGGCGAGGUGAUGACCAUAACGCAAACCGUUGCCACGUCAGGUGGUGGUGGCGGCCAGCAGCAGCAGCAGCAGCAGCUGCAGCAACAGCAACAACAACAGCAGCAAACACAACAGACGACCGCGCAGCAAGUGCGCACGUUGGUGAAGAAGAAAAUCAUGCAGAUACGUAGUGAAAAGGAAUAAAUACCAACUACAAUCUUUGUACUUACCACUAGUGGAAAUUGUAGACACAAAAGUCUUCGUUGUUUAUUAUUUUAUGAAGCAAACAAAAAACAAAAAAUUAUAAUGGACCUAUCAGGAAAAAUUCGCUCGCCGUUUGUAACGGUGCUUACAUUUGGUUAACAAAAAAAAAAAACACAUUUAAGAGUAUUACAAUCAUAAUCGCUAUGAUUAGUUCUAAAUAAUUAAGAGAGCCUGUUCGAGGCGCAUAAUAAAAGCGGCAUUAGUUUGUAACACUGUUGCAACCGCUCAACUGAAAAAACGUGGCUAGAAAUUCUCACCGGACGUGAUACUUUAAUUACUUCGCGCAACCCUGCGGUUGUGAUUGCAAAUCGAACAAGCCCUUAUUUAACCUGCAUAUUCACUUAAAUAUAUUAUAAUAUGUAGUGAUAUGUGUAAUCAAUCUGAUGAUAAAAAUAUAUGCUAUUCGUGUAGUUUUUAACGUAGUUUGUUAAUUAUCUACUAACUUAAAAUUUCCCAUGUUUCCAUAUUUUACGAUUAAUGAAUCUAAUUUUUACAAUUAAACUCUACUUCACUCCUAAACUGUACACUUCACUGUAAUUAAACUAUAAUUUUAAGUAAAUAUUUUUAAUUAAUGAAUUACAUUUUAAGUGAGUGUAAUAACACAUUGUGGUAAGCAGUACAUACAUACAUGAUUAUUAUCAAACUAAAUUUAAAUACAUACAUACAUAUACAAAUCUUCUAAAUCA